AUGGUGAAGACGAUAGCUGGAGAGAGACCAAAGCAGAGACAGAGGAAAGGGUUCUGGUCACCAGACGAAGACGAGAAGCUAAGGAGUUUCAUCCUCUCUCAUGGUCAUUCUUGCUGGACCACUGUUCCCAUCAAAGCUGGGUUACAAAGGAAUGGAAAGAGCUGCAGAUUAAGAUGGAUUAAUUAUCUAAGACCAGGGUUAAAGAGGGAUGUGAUUAAUGCAGAAGAAGAAGAGAUCAUAUUGACUUUUCAUUCUUCCUUGGGAAACAAGUGGUCUCGGAUUGCAAAGUUCUUACCGGGGAGGACAGACAAUGAGAUAAAGAACUAUUGGCACUCUCAUCUGAAAAAGAAAUGGCUCAAGUCUCAGAAGUUGCAACAUGCAAGAUCUAUAUCCACUUCUUCCGAAUCACUCGUUGCUUGCGGGAGAAGAAACCCGCAAACCUUGAUCUCGAAUCACGUUAUCUCCUUCCAGCCACUUCAAGAGAAGACAUCUUCAUCUCCAUCACAAGAAAGCAAUGACAAUAACAACAACAACAACAACAGCUAUUCAUGCUCUUCUGGUCCUGAGAUUCCAAGGCUGUUCUUCUCCGAGUGGUUUACUUCCUCGGAUCCCUACUUUGAUCAUUCCUCUAAUUUGACAGACUCUAACCACAUCCAAACUCCAAAUAUUCAAGGAACUGUCUCAGACUACGAAGAAUCAGGAGAUGUUAAUCAGUUCUAUUACAACGAGAUGGUGAUGAUGAGCAACAGCAACUGGACUCUUAACGACGUCGUUUUUGGCUCGAAGUGACAUA